AUGGAAAUGGUCAGCACAAAAUUUCCAGUGGCAGUGUCUUGCGAUCGAAUGACUCGGGGAAUGAAGAGACUUUUGGAGCAAGGUGAAUUAUUGUCUUCACAAAAGAAGAAAGACGAUGGACAUGUGAAUGUUGAAGUCCGACGUUGUAAUGGGAAAAAGUAUGUUCGUGUUUUUCGCUCGCCAAACAAAGACAAUGUCAAUGUGAACAAACAACGUGACGAGGUCGAUACUGCAGAGAUUUCGAAUGAAAGCGCUUUGAAGAAGACACAGAAUUUUGCUCAAGAAAUUAACAGUGUUUCGGCGUUUUUGUUACAUGUUUUGUAUCAGAUCAAGAAUAAAUGUUUAUCUUCUACGGCUCAGAACGACGCAAAAGCAUUGCCUAGUGUUGGUGAUAAAAAUCUUGGUAUUGCGCUGUAG